AUGAAACCUCGCGACGAGACCUAUCUCUCUUCCCGAGGUAUUGGUGGUCUGCGCUUGCUGUUGUAUUUCCCUUCGAAUCCUCUCCCUCCUUCCUUUGCAAAAAAUCUUUACGAUGAACUUGAAGUCUACAAAGUUUUACUGUUGACAGAUGCACUCCUCGCGACCGGUUUGCGACGCGCUUCACGAGAGUCGCCCAGAUAUCUUUCCCAACAUCUGUCAGGAAAAGCAUCGACGAUUCAUGCAUUGACUUCCCUUCCAUUCUACUCUCCCAUUGAAGAGUCGUUCAUUCGCCCUCGAGCGACCUCAGACGCGUUCAGGGGAGUACAAACACAAAUCCCCAACACUCCCUUAGCACACCUAUUCCCCGAGUAUCGUUACGAACAUCCUGAUCCCCCACGUUCACCGACACCGAUCGAUUUCUUCCACCCGCCGGGUCCGCCUUCGCCCCCUCCCAAAGACUUCUUCGGCCAGCGGGACUUGAAACCCUCGCACCCUAUAUGGAUUUUUGACAGCUCCUUACGUGAAGUUGAUUUUGACGUCACCUGUCUAGGCGCACUAGACGAGCAACUUCUUUAUGCUCCAAAGGAAUGUUUCUUGGACAUCUGUUGGGCAGAAGCUGUAUACGAUGAUGAUCAGCUGCCGGUGCUGCAGCCCCAGCCAGAGGAGAAGCCAUGGAUGUGGCAGCCACAGACGGAAAGGGAAACCGAUUCGGAAGAAUCGGACCAAAGGGGCCCUGAUCCCAUCAUCAUGCAAGUGGAGCGUAAAGUUUCGUUCUUUCCUUCCCCCGAAUCAUACACGCCACGAUCUCCCCAGCGCAUGAUGUUUGCAGAGUCCGAGUCACGCAUGUUGUACCAAAACGCGAAUCACUCGGUGCACUUCUUCCCCGUGCCGCAGCAACGCAAACAAACGACACAGGACCCGCCUGAUACUCCUUCCGGGAAGCUCAAGCUCUUUUCGGACGCAUACGGCACUCUCACAGGACGGCGGCGUACUACUUCCAAUUAAUUCCCUCGAUGCAGCACAACAGCAUUCACAUCACUGCACCUUAAUUCAUUAACUCGACCCACGCGCUCCUUGCCACGCUCCUCACCACGCCCUGACACGCGCUCGUUAUCUUAAUCAUAUUUAUCAGUCAGGACGUUCACUAAUCCGUCCGUAUUUCUGGAGAAAACUUGUAUAAUGACAGGAACCAUCCGAAGUAUUAGUGCGCUAUACUGUACACAUCGUAUUCAGAUAACAUGGUAACAUGCUUCGUCUAGAUACGUAGAUACCACAUCUUGUUGAAUCUAUUAGAAUUGUCGCUUACUCUUGGCGUAGUGCGUCUGAAGCGACGAGACCCUUAAUCAGGGCGUGCAGGCCAAGUUCGCGUUCCAG